AUGCGUCCCAAAACGCAGUGUAGCGUCUCCUACACAAACAGGGUCGGUCUCGCGCAGAGUUGCGACCUAAAAACAGGUGCGUCUCGUCCAGGAUGCGUCCGACAAAAGCAGGUGCGGCCUCGUCGCAGUGCCAUCUCAGAAUUUCGGCUGCUCCUCUUACCCGCGUCCCUCACGCUGCGUUUUUCUCUAUACGCCGCGUCCCUCUCGCGUGCGCCUCUUACGCCGCUCCCUACCGCUGCGUCCUUACCCGCGUCCCUCACGCUGCGUCUCUUACCCGCUCCCGUCACAGCUGCGCGUCCUUACGCCGCGUACCCUCACGCAGCGUCUCGUACCCGCGUCCCUCACGUGGCUCUCUACGCCGCGUCACCUACACGCUGCGUCUCUUACCCGCCGCUCCCUACACCCUGCAGUCUGCGUACAGCCGCACGCUAA